CUCUCUUUACAAACGAUCGUACAUACUUGACGAGAUCAGUCGUAGUAGCAGCAGCAGUAAGUAAGUAGUAAGCUCGUCGCCUACUUCGUGCGUGUGUAUACGUAAACACGUAACACACCGAGCGAGUGAUCGCGUGUUGUAGCGUGUGUGUAGAUCCGGCGCCGAAAAAAUUUUGUGCCCUCGAGAAGAAGAAAAUGAAGCGAAAGCUGCAGCAGUCCUCGGUGGACAUCGCCAUCGAGGCGACCAAGAGGAUCAAGUACAACGACGAUUCGGUGCUCCACAACAAUAACAAUAACAACGACGAAAAGAGCAUCGGCAGGAGACAGCACAAGCGAAGCGCCGAUCUAAAAAUCGGCGCGAUAAUCGAGGAGGCCCGUAGGCAGCUGCAGAAGCAGCAGCGCUGGACCGGCAACAAGAGGAAGAAGAUAGUCGUGGUGUCCAAGCGCACCGACAAAAAGUACGACUACGUGCUGCUGAUGCUCAGGAAGCCGAUCGCCAAGAAAUUGAAGAGCAGCAGCAGGAGGAGAUCGUUAUUGUCGAAUCGGCAGGCGGCGGCAGCGGGCCCAAUCACGAGAGAGCGACUGCUCCGAGUCUACGCGAGCCUCAAGCAGCAGGCCUGGAGGACGGCGAGCGAUCAGCGGGAUCGAUCGUUGUCGUAUCAGCGAGUCUUGGCGCGUUUCUACGGCGAGAAGAUCCAACCCACGAAAGAUCGCUUCGACUGGAUCUGCAAUUGGAUGCUGAAGCGAGCCGUAAUGGAUCGCGAUCCGGGCCUCGUCGAGUGGAUGGCUCGCUGUCCCCUGACGCGAAUCGUCCCGCUGGAUCAGACCUCGGGGACGACGACCGUCGUACACCUGGCCGCGGCCGAAUCGACGCGCGACGUUAUACCGGCGCGACUGUUGGAGCUGCUGCUGGCGCGCUGCGAUCCGCGCGCGAAUCCGGCCGAUCCGCGCACCGGCCUGAGCCAUCUGCACGUCGCGGCCUCGACGGGUAAUUGCCGCUUGAUCGGGGCUCUGUUGGACGCGGGCGCCGAUCCGAAUCUGCGGGUAGGUCCGCCGGGCACGACACCGCUGCACUGCGCCGUGAGGGAAUUUCGCUGGGAGGCCGCGAGGCUGCUGCUGGCGAGGGGCGCCGAUCCCAGCCUGGCCGACCGCGAGUGGGCGAGGACGCCGCUGCACUGCCUGUGCGCCCGCUUCGCCGAGCCGCUGCCGCCCCUGGAGGACGCGAUGAAAUUACGUAUUUUAGGCGAACUGCUGGGCCAUCCGACGGGUCCCCGACAGCUGGAGGCGCGAGAUCGCCACGGCAACACGGCCCUCCACGAGUUGCUCGGCACACCGAGCCUCGGUCCACUGCACCACUACGGCCUGGCGAUGCUGUUGGCGCGGGGCGCCCGGGUCAACGCGGCCAAUCUCAAUGGCUCCACGGCCCUGCACCAAGUCGUCAAGAUAACGCGAUUCAAUCGGGAGAGCGGACAGCCCGAGGAGGAGGACUGCUCGUCGGGCAUGGUCGGCUAUCUGCUGAGCCUCGGGGCGGAUACGGCGGCCCUCGACUCGAGACUGACGAGUCCGAUGCAGCUGGCCUGCAACAGACUGAACUUCUGGGCGAUGGACUCGCUGAUGCAGGCGGGAGUCGUCGAGGACUGGACGGAUUUUCGGCUGGAUCUCGGCACGAUAAAGAAUCGGCCUUACCUGGACUUCUGCUUCAACGUGCUGGACCUGAUGGAGCUGGCGCAGGUGCGAGGUCACCAGUGGGACGAGCGCCAGGAGUCGAGAGUGCUCGAGGCAUUGCUGAGCCCCGAGCGACUCGAGGCCGGCUAUCGCGAGCGCGUGUCCAGCGUGCUGCAAUUGGGCAGCGAGCGCGAGAUCAGGGCCUACUUCGACGCGCGAGCCCGCGAGAUCCAGGAGCUGGGCGAUCGCGACCCGCCCACCAGGUCGUACUUGACCGGCCGCGUGCUGCGGGCCAUCCACGUGCCCAUCGGUCUGCACAGCUUCGGCCUCAAGAUGCCCCAGCGCGUCUAUCGCUACCUCGUCGACCUCUUCAAUCGUUUGCAGUCGGGGCCGGAUCGCGUGGAAUUUCUGCGCGACGACAUCGCCGCGCUCAACACGGAGAUGGAGUACACGAAGAACGUGCCGAUCGGCGACGGCCGCAGACUGCACGAGCUGCUGGGCCUGGCGCCCGAGGAGGGCAUCGAGCCGCGCCACAUCGCCUGGCUGGAUCAUCCCUGCGCCCAGGAGGUGCUGAGGAAGCGCAUCUUCUACACCAUGUAUCCCAGGUCCGGGGGCUACAUCGAGGCCCACGUGGCCAAGUGUCUGCUCAAGCGUUUCGCCGCGAGGCUGGGCGCGAGGCUCCUGGGCCUCUUGGCGCCCUAUCGUGGACUGCCCGACUUGGUGUGUCGCGAGAUAGUCGGCCACCUCGCGCCCGAGGAUAUACUGAACGUGGCCAGAGCCACCAAACACUUCCUUUGAGUGCUUUUUUUUUGUGAAUAAUUUUGUAUAUGUUGCAUGAUACACAAAUUAUUGUACAAUGCGAUGAUAUAAGUACGAAAAAAGAAACAAAAUAAUGAUAUUAAAAUUGGGGAAAUUUUUAAUAUCAUUAUUAUUAUUGUUAUUAGUUAUAAAAGCCUGAUGUUAUCUUUUGUACGAAUGGACAGUUUGUAGUAUAAGCUUUGAGAUGCGUAUAUGUAUAAUCUCGGUGUAUCAUAUACGCCUUCGUCAAGUCGAUAGGUUCAAAGUGAGAAGGGGUCAAUAAAGGGGCUAUAGCAUUUUUUUCAUAAUGAUGAAAAGAUCGCGUAAUCCCCCCGUUUUUACUAUAAAUUUUGUACAUUAUAUAUAUGCGCGUGCGUUGGUUGAUGAUUGAUUGAUAUAUAUAUGUU